GUCGUCGCCGUAACCAUGGCGGAGACGAUAAGAAGAGGGACGGAAGUGGUUUCUCAGUACUGCGCCCGGUGGAGAUCCGCUCGGAUGGGGAGCGGGCCGCAUUCAGUUGGUAGCUUUAAUGGUGAAGGAGUUGAAUCCUCGACGGUAGCGGAAGUCUCCGGAGGUUCCAACCGAAGACGGCCCUCUCGAUCUGUGAAGGCACUCCACGAAAGGAACGCCAACCUUGGGUACACAGCCGAUGCCGAGAAACUGGUGAAUAAGGGCCUCAGAAGAUCUCCGAGAUUCGAAACUCCGACGGCCAAUUGCGGAUUGCUUGACAAGAUUCAAAUCAGAAGGUCUCCCAGGUUAAUUGCUGCUGUUUCUCGGGAAGAAAACAAGGAGAACGAGGGGUACACAGUCCAUGGUGAUCGGUUGGUGCAUCCGAAUGUGGUGAAGCUGAAGGAAGGGAGGGUGAGGAAGAGGAAGGCGAAGGUUAAUCGCAAUGGAACGAGUCAACCUGCCCAUAAGAAAUCCCCUUCGUCCGUUCCACACAAUGAAAGUCGGCGAUCUAAUAGUGAAAUUUAUGACAGUACGCAAAAAAGAAGGUCCCCGAGAUUCAUCCAUGGUGCUUCUGAUGAAGAAAAGAAGGAGAACGAGCGGAAUGUUGUCCAUGGUUGUGGAUUAGUGCAGAACGUGGGGAAGGAGAAGGAGGAGAGGAAGAAAGUGGCUAAGGGUAUUUGCGACGGAAUAGUUCAAAAUGCUCGCAGGAAAGCUCCUAAGUUUGCUUCACUGGAUGGAAUUCAGAGACCCAAUUGCCGAACUUCUGGUAGUACGCCAAAGAUAAGGUCCCCGAUAUUCGUUGAUGCUAUUUCCGACGAAGAUAGGAAGGAAAAUGAAGGAAAUGUCAUGGUGAUGCGCGCGAAUGUGAGAGAAGAUGUGAAGAAACGGACAAGGGAAGCAACGGGUAGCCGUAUACAAUCUUUUGCUAAUAAAGAAGCAGAAGGGGUGACGGCAAAUGUGAAAAAGAUGAAUGAGAACAAUGAGACAAAGAAUUCCAACGGGCAAACUGCGGCGGGAGAGCGCACGGAGAACACAGAUAUUGUUUCGGAGAAGUUCAUGCGUAGCGGAGGAAGAUCAGGCAGGAAAAGGAACGUUUCUUCUGAUCUUCUGAAGGAUGAGGGACGAGAGAACAAGAGGUUCAGGGAAGAGAACGGAAGUCACAAAAAAAAAGCCUGUGUGGAAUCAGAAGUUAAACACGGCUACCAUGACGACCCUCUUAAAAGGAAAUCUGGGACUCUGUUGGGAAGUUCUGGCUUUCUUGGCUGGUCACAGGAUCAAGAAAAUGCACUUGAAAGAGCUUACUUGAUGACCAGGCCUUCGCCACAUUUUUGGAGGGAGAUUGCUAAGUUGGUCCCCGGAAAAUCAGCAAAAGAAUGCUUUGAUCGUAUCCAUUCCAUCAUACCAACACCACCAACGCAGCAACCUCGUUCUAGGACAAAAAGAAAAGUUUCUCCCUUGGGACAGAUCAGUCUUGCAGGAAAUGUUCCCCUUGAACAGUUUAGUCUUAGAGGGCGAAUUAGUGGCAAAAGGAAAAGCCUCCUUGCUCGUAGGGCUGUUAGGCAUAUACUAAGAAAGCAAGUUCUUGCUGAUCAGGGACGUGCGGCUGGUCUUUUUUCCGCCUUUGAAGGAUCCUGCUCCACAGAUAAGGAUCCCUCCCAGAUGAGAAAACUUACUAUAAAAAAUAAUAAGUUGAAAUCUUGUCUUGAGAUGAAUGGCGAAUCAGAGCCAUCAGGGAGUAGAAAUAAAAUGCCAAAUACUGUUACUCCUUUCCAUCAACAAGCACUUGUAAGCCCAGAGAUUUUGAAGAAAGUUAAGAAUUUGGACUUACACGAGAAGUACAUUGACCGACUUCAUAUCAGGGAGCAAACACGGAGCAGAAAGGCAGCAGUGAAGAGAACAGAUUCAGUACCUGCUGAAACGAAAGGUCGAACACUGGAUAAAACAGAGACUCUCAAGUAUGCAAGGUUGGCUCUAGUUUCCGAUGCAAGAGAUGCUCUUAAGCAAAUCCAACAGGAGUCACAUGAAAUAGAAACAUUUUCAGAAUAUGAUGGUUUUAAUGAUGAUGACAAUGAUAAUGACGACUGCGAGAGUGACCUUGGGACUUGUUAAAUUACUGGAGCACACUCGGGUUUCCUGUUGGGUAGCGGUGUCAAUUAGACUAUGGCCAUGGCCAACUCCUUUUAUACCAGCAUCUGAGAUGGUUACCUACAGCAGCCUGGUCCUGGUUUCUAAUGAAAGGGAUGUUCUGCAGUUUCAACGCAAGAAGGCCCACCAUAUCGGAAGCUGAUCUUGGCGACCUCAUAUGAUGCUGAGAGCGAGUCUCUUUCUCUCUCUCCUGUGUUCAUGAUGGAAAAAAAUGUUAUACGACAUCGUGUCUUGUUAAAUAAUCAAAUGGGUUCUUCUCUCGUUGA